AUGAGGGGCGUGCAGCAGCCCUUCGGGGUGCUGAACUCCUGGCACCUCCGGGACCUUUGCGCCAGUGGGCUGCCGGGCCGCUUGCGCGCUUUGGUCCGGCUCAUAAAGCAGUGGGCCAAAUCCAAGGCGAUCCAUAGCGCCAAAAGCGGGGGAUUGAGCUCCUACGGCUGGGCCAUGCUCGCGGUGGGCUUUCUGCAGGAGACGGGUCUCUUGCCGGCGCUGAUCCACGAGAGGCGAUAUCUGACGGCGGAUGACGCUCUUUGGUACGUCCUGGAAGCGCGGGACCAGCGGCCCGAGGGCCUCUGGGGCGAGCCUCAGCUGCUUUCGGCUGAUGGCGAGUCACCAGAAGAGGCGUUCCAGUGGCCCCCGGAGCUCUUCCGGAGCUUUCUGCAGUGGAUGCAGCGAGAAGCCUUGAAGCCACUGGAGUCUCAAGGCUACGGCUACGGCUCGCUGCCGCUCUCGCAGCGCCACAUCGUCUCAGUGAGGGGCCUCCAAUCGCAGCAGGAGCUGCGGCGCGCGGUGGCGAGCUGCCCCAAGGCCGACCACUGGAACCCCGCAGAGAGCGAGGUCUUCAUGCUCAUCGAGGAGCCCUUCACUGGGGAGAACGUGGCGCGCGCCGUGAGGGCCGACGGCUUCCGCGACAUCGUGGCUGAGGUGACGCGGGCCGGCAAGGCCAUGGAGAACGCUGACGCAGAAGCCGCCUUCCAGGAGCCAAUUUGCGGCGCUGCAGAAGUGUUCGUGCUGGCCGGCGAGCUUGCUUCGUUGACGCGCAAGGCUUCACCGGCAGGUGCUCGGAAGCGGCCGUGGAGCGGUGUCGAGGAGAGGGCGCGAGGUCUGCCACUGCGGCUCGUGGUUCGCUCCUUCGCUUAA